AGAGGAGAGAGAGGAGGAGGGACUAGGGAGAGCUACUUUGGCCUCACUGUGCCGGGCAGUCGCUAACCUAUGUGAGACUGAGCCCUGAAGUGAGUGUUGUGUUGUUGUUGUUGUGUUGCCUCGCUGGGACUUGAGAUUGACAGAAAUGGAUUUUCUCCUGGAUUCUGGCUAACAUUUGAUGGAUUCUACGCUCUCCUCUGCCCUGAAGCCAAACCCGACAGGAACUACCACACCAUCCCGGAUCUGAGAACAGGAGGGGGACACACACCCCACGGAGCCCAUUGCCAUGGCGAUGACGGCCCUGUUCAGGGGCAAGUGGGGACAAAAGUCGCAGGAGCCACCUGAGAAGCAGCCCGCAGCAUCGGUGCACUCCACCAACCACGAGGAAGAAGAGGAGGAUGACAGGGUCAUCGCCCCCAUCCGCAGGAACUCCCGCUUCUACCGUUCCAUGAGGAAGAAGAGGCUGGCCUCGUCAGAACAACUUGAAAGCCCUGCAGUCUCUCUGAGGCCUGGUCCAGAGCCCAGCCCAGGCAGCAGGUCAAGCAGCAGCUCCCUCUGUGUCCCUGAUCUCCAGAAACCUUCGCAAUCUCCCCGGGCACAGCGUACGCCAACCUCUCCACGCCAACUCCAUUCCGGAACUGCGUUGCCGAGCAACGGGGAGCUCAGGAGCCCACACACACUUACUAGCGCGGCCUCUUCCCCUCUUUGGACUAGGAGAGGAGGAGGGGGAGGAGGAGGGAGGAAGGGUGCAGAUGCUUCUCCAGCUAGUGGUCAGUGUGGAGGGGGCUCCACUUCCUCCUCCUCUGUUUCUAGCGCUCGGUUGUACCGGACACACGGCAUGCACACACACACUGAAGACAUGGAGAGCCUCUCAGAACGCACUGCAACCGCCUGCUCCGUACGGGAGCCCGGAGGGGGGACACAGUCACCGCAACCAGCGGAGGAGGAAGUCAAUGAAGAGGGCGUCAAACUCAGGUUGGUGAGCAACAGGGAAAGAGUGAGCUCAACACCAUUGAAAGUAGAACCCAUCUGCUACAGUCUCAACAUUGUCAAGAACGUUGCCUUCCUGUACCAGGAGUACCGGGACACAUCCAAGCAGCAGGAGAUCGAGCAGCGACGGCAGCAGGAUGGGUUGACCUCGGGGGUCAGCGCGGGGUUAGGGGUGACGUCCCCACCGGCCCUGCAGCUGCAGCUGAGGAACAACUCUCGCUCUCUGAGUCUGUGGCAGAACCUGGAGGUCGUGCAGCAGAGCGGGCUGCUCACCCAGCUACCGCAGAGAGAGGUCAUCAUACAAGAGGCCAUGUUUGAGCUGGUGACCUCAGAGGCAUCCUACUACAAGAGUCUGGAGGUGCUGGAGACUCACUUCCUGAAGAACCCUAUGCUGGUCAACACACUCAGCCAAUCAGACAUGCACUUCCUGUUCUCCAACAUUGAGGAGGUGAUGAAGGCCAGUGAAAGGUUCCUGAUGGACCUGGAGAACCGCAUCGAACAGUCCCUCCAGAUCUCAGACGUGUGUGACAUCGUCCACGACCACGCCGUCAAGCACUUCCACGUCUUUAUCACCUACGUCAUCAACCAGGUGUAUCAGGAGAAGAACUACCGACGCAUUCUACAGGGAAACCAGUCAUUCCGUGAGGCCAUGGCUCACCUGGAGAACCAGCCGUAUGUCCGAGGCCUCUCCUUCACCUCCUUCCUCAUCCUCCCCUUCCAGAGGAUCACACGACUCAAAAUGCUGGUCCAGAACAUUCUGAAGAGGGCAGAGGAGAAUUCAGAUAUGGAGGCCAAUGCCAUCAAAGCUCACCAUCAGCUGGAGCAGAUUGUGAAGGAGUGCAACGAGGGUGUGAGGAAGAUGAGUCGUACAGAGGAACUCAUCAGCAUUGAGAAAACACUGGAGUUCAAGUCUAAGUCGGUGCCAGUGAUCUCCCACUCCCGCUGGCUGCUGAAGAAGGGUGAGGUGCAGCAGAUGGCCGGGCCAAAGAGCACUAGGACCAUGCGGAGCAAGAAGCUCCACCACCCUGUCUACCUGUUCCUCUUCAACAACCUGCUGCUCAUCACCAAGCGCAGCUCCAGUGGUGAGAAGUUCCAGGUGCUGGACUCGUGCACGCGGGCCAUGCUGAGGACUGAGGACAUGGAAGACCAGGGUCAGAUGCUGGCUAAUGUGUUCAACCUGAAACUUCUGGAGAACCAGGAGGAGAGGCAUGUCAGCUACAUGCUCAAGACCUCCAGCAUGAGUGACAAGCUGCGCUGGAUAUGUGCUCUCACGCCAAACCGCCGCACGCGAUUCAUGUCCACCAGCGCCCACCAACCAGCCUCUCCUCAGGUCCAGUGUAUUCAGUCGUAUUCGUCUCAGGAGCCAGAUGAGCUGUCCAUUGAGAUGGCUGACGUGUUGAACAUCCUGGAGAGGACAGAUGACGGCUGGAUGAUGGGUGAGAGGCUCCAUGAUGGAGAGAAGGGCUGGUUCCCUUGUCGGGUAGUAGAGGAGAUCAAGAACCAGGAAGUGCGGGCCCAGAACCUCAGGGAGUGCCAGAGGAUUCACCUGGCCCAGGAAGGGGGCGCUUCCUCAGGGUCCAGGCUGGGCUCCAGGGGUGGCAGAUGCACCCCCAAAACCCCCAAAGUCUCAAAUUUCUUCGGUACCUGGACUGACCAGUCAGAGGAGGAACAGUGAAGCACAUGAUAUUCCACACUGAAAGUGAUUGGUUGGAACCCCCUGGCAUCGAUUUUUACUGGACCACAUGGAUCAAAUGACAGAGAUCAUGUGAUUUGAGCAUGGGAUUGCAUUGGAAGAAAGUGACGUCAUGCAAUGACAUUAUUUCCUAUGAACUGUUUCCCUUUCUCAAGUGGUUUUGGUGUGCCAGGGUUUAGGGUCCCAGGCUACAUGGUUUAGGGUCCCAGGCCCCAGGGUCCCAGGCUCCAGGGUUUAGGGUCCCAGGCUCCAAUGUGUAGGGUCCCUAGGCUCCAGGGUCCCAGGCCCCAGGGUCCCAGGCCCCAGGGUUUAGGGUCCCAGGCUCCCCUGAUCGGUCCUACGAUCAGAGCACUUCUUCCAUAACUCCAACAAACUGCAUAUCUUACAGUACUUCCAGUGGAAUGAUUUGAAAUGAUUCAGCACUACCAGUCUAACUGAAACGAGGCUCCGGUGGAACAGGAGCUACUCAUGUGAUGGGAGAAGAUGAUAACCACAGAAACAGUUCUCAAGGGGAUGGUAACUGCCUCAACUGCAUGGGCCAAUUUUUUUAUUAUUUUUUUUCAAAGCACUUGUGCUAGAGAUUUAAUUACCCCAGAACAACUGCUUGACGAUCCACCCUUUUGUAAAGAGCAACUCCUCUAUUGAAACCAUACAAGAAGCACGUUUUAAAAUCCACCCACUAGCACUGAAUGGAAAUUAACCGUGAAUGUUUCAUGAUUCUGUACAGUAAAUAGAACAAUCACAUGAGAGUGCUCAGUAUUGGGCAGGAAGUAAUUGACUGGAGAAGACGAGCCCUACAGAAUCACAGGCCUUGCUUAAUCAAGGUCAAUACUGAUAUGCCACUUACACAUGCACACUGACAUACGUGCGCGCACACACACACACUUGGGGAAAUCUAGCACAACUUCUCCAACUUGAAAAACCCUCCACAGACACCUGGUCCUGAAGCAUCUGCACAGAAUGUGCCAACACACCGACAGCACUGGAAUGGCAUGCGAGUGACAAAACAUGUGGGUGUAUGAUGAGUAUGAAUACGUGUGCAUACUGUAUGCCUUGAAUGUUCAAUAUACAAUUAAAUAAUUACUGAAACAUUGUGUAAUUUAAUUAUGUAAGAAGUAAUUUAUUGUUAAUAAAAUCUAAAUCUGACAUUUAAA